AUUUCCUUUUCCAAAGACAUCUCAUUCUGCUUGAGAGUUAUACUAUACCCAAUUUGCUUAUCUCUGAAGCGAAUAUCAGGGCACGCAAGUUUUCAAGAUUGCUUAAUUCUAUUUUCAUUCAAAGACCUUGGACCAGGACCCAGGUUCGUGGCUAAUGGUGAAAACAAAGCAGAAGCGCACAGGAAAAGUUCCUGGUAAAAAAAGUGGUACUUCUUCACAUUGCCUUGUUAAUUCUGGAAACGGUGACAAUCAGCAUGAGGAUAGUGAUUGGAUUAUAGUGAAAAAGCAGAGAGUUACCAUUCUGGUGCCUGCUGCACCUCUUAAUGAGAGAUCAUUAACAGCAAACCAAGGACCAAAUCACAUGCAUCUUAUGCCUCCUGAAAUAGCAAGUAACCAUGUGCAGCUUCCCAUGGAAACAUCUACGAUGCAUCCUUCAGGUAAUGAACAUGAGAAGGCCACUUUGGCUCUCCGAAAGGAGACUCGUGCCGAGAGAAGAGCUCCCCCUACCUUACCUAAACCAACUGUGGUCAAUCCACCGUCUUUAGAUGAAAUAAUAGAAUCAGAAAAUCCACAUCAAACGAACAGUUUGAAGUCACAUAAACUACUUGGAAUUUCUGAUACAUCAAAAGUUAUUAAGCAGCCCAGAACACUACUUGCACCAAGAAGGUCCUCCAACUUGGAAACUCUGAAUAAAAGCUUAAGAGCAUCAAACCUUGAGAGGAAGCUCGAAAGAGCCGGUGGACUUAGCAAAUGGCUGACAUCGCUUGGACUGGCGCAAUUUGUGAGAAUUUUUCAGGGGAAUAGUCUCAGUAAGUAUCAGCUGGUAAAUCUAACCAUGAAAAAACUCAAGGAUAUGGGCGCCAGUGCAGUGGGACCUCGCAGGAAACUGAUCCACGCCAUGGACUGUGUUUGUCAGCCAUAUUGCUUUGAGGCAUUGUAAAAGUUCUUAGGAUUUUCAGAUAAUGUACAAAAAUGUUCCAAGACAUGGCACAAAUGCAAAACUUUUGUUUCUGUAUGCUUUUGUGAUGGUUCACAGCACUUGAGUCCCAAAGUACUUGUAGAGAUUUCUGUAUAUAACUUAUAAGCAAGUAAACGCAUUCUACAAUGCUUCCUUCUA